UGACCGAUGAUUAUUGAGGCUGAGAUAUUUUGCGUAGAUGGGGCUAGCUACAGUUAGAGCAUUUUGCGUAUGUGCUGCUGCAUCAACCAUCGCAAAACCUCUUCUCCAUCCAAGUCACUGCCAUUUCCUUCCAACCUCUUCUCUUUUCUCUUCCUUUUCUUUUCCGAAAAACUACAAAUUGAAUCUUCAAAAGUCAAUUCAAGAUGCCGCAAACUCAAAACUAUCAUGUAGUUUACUCAAUGUGGAAACCGAGUUAAAUGAUGAAGCGUGUGAAUUGGUCAGCGGAGAGGAGCUUUCGCUCGAGGAGGACGACGAUAAUAUUCAUGCUUAUCUCUUCAAGGCAGUCAAAAAUAAUAAUGGAAUUGGCCUGUUGCUUCUUUCAGAUAUUUAUGGCUUUCAGGAUUCCUUCACUAGAGAUUUCGCAUAUCGGGUAGCCUGCAAUGGUUUCAACAUUCUAGUUCCAGAUUUAUUUCGCGGAGAUCCAUGGACAAAGGACCAGCCGAACACUCUGUUGGAACAAUGGAUAGCUAGACAAAACCCUGAGAGGAUUGCAAAAGACAUUACUGCAUGGACAGAAUGGAUGGCAGAUGAAUUCAUGACUUCGGAAGUUUCCAAAAAACUUAGCGUAAUUGGUUUUUGUUUUGGAGGUGGCAAACUGUUAGAGGUGUUAGCACGAGACCAAGGCGCGUGUUUUGGCACUGGAGUCUCCUUCUAUGCUACACCGAUAGAUCCUCUUGUUGCUUCUGAUGUAAAAGUUCCUGUCUUGUUUAUUUUAGGGGACAAUGAUCCAUUUUGUGCUGUAAGGGAAAUAGAAAAUAUUCAGACGAAAAUUGAUAAGGGUUCAAAAGUAGUGACAUUCCCGGGUAGAGGACAUGGAUUUGCACACCGACCUGGAUCUCCCGAAGAAGAUAAGGAUGCUGAAAAAGCUUAUGUAAUUAUGAGAGACUGGAUAUAUCAACACUUGGUCGUGUAAAAAUGAAAAUGCUUUCAUACUAUAUAAAUAACAGUAGCAUGCAUAUGAUUUUUGAGUUUGUA